GAGCCGGAGCCAGGAGCUUCGGAGUCAGCCGCCGCGCCGAAGUCCGCCCCAUUUUGCAGAGCGAGCCGAGUCCGGACCUGGGAAGACUUCCCCGCGGGGCUCCGGCCGCGGCGGCUGCGAGCGUCCUCGCCUGCGCCUUGCCCUGCCCCGCCUGCCCCAGCCAGAGGUUCUGCGCCGGGACGCUCCCAGUGCCGCGAUCCCGGGCGUUGUGGCCGGGACGCCCUGAGCCCCCGACCCGAUUGAAGCGCACCUGGGCGGGACGCUCCUGGCCCACCAUAGGGGUCCACGGUUGCGGGCUCGUUCCCAGCCUUUCAGUAGUGUGUGUCGGAGCCCUCCGCCCGACACUCGGGUUAAGGCAGGUGCCCAGCAGCCCCCCGGCUGAGUGCAAAGGGGCUCAGAAGUCCCCAGCGUCGGGCUCCCGAGACCUGAACCUUCAGCUGCCUUCGCCCCGGUGCUUCGGACUUGGGACUGUGCGAACGCCCAGGAAGCCCCGGCCCGGCUCCAGAGCCCCGUGAGGAGUCCCAGGCGGGCUGGGCAGUCGGACUGAGCCGGACCGAGCUGGUGCUGCGAGCCGAAGCUGCCACCUUUUCUGCCGCCUCGGACGAGGGGCUCAGCGCUUGCCCCGAAGAAGGGAGCACGGGGCUACCCCCUGGCGCGGCGCCGGCGAGAGCCGAGAGCUGCAGGUGAGAGAGCCCCGGAUGCCGGCUGUCCCAGGGAAGUGACAUCACCACCUCUGUGGACAGGACAUCCUAAGGAGCCCCAGUCACAGCCACUGAUACCUUCUUCCAGGAGCCGCCAGGGGCCUCCAUGGGCGCCUGAGGGCCGGGCGCCGGGGCGGCAGGCGAGAGCAUGGUGAGACACCAGCCGCUCCAGUACUAUGAGCCCCAGCUGUGCCUCUCCUGCCUCACAGGCAUCUACGGCUGCCGCUGGAAGCGCUACCAGCGGUCCCACGAUGACACCACGCCGUGGGAGCGCCUCUGGUUCCUGCUUCUCACCUUCACCUUUGGCCUCACACUCACCUGGCUGUACUUCUGGUGGGAGGCCCACAACGACUACGAUGAAUUCAACUGGUACCUCUACAACCGCAUGGGCUACUGGAGCGACUGGUCGGUGCCCAUCCUCGUGACCACCGCUGCCGCCUUCACCUACAUCGCGGGCCUCCUGGUCCUGGCACUAUGUCACAUCGCUGUGGGGCAGCAGAUGAACCUCCAUUGGCUGCACAAGAUAGGGCUGGUGGUCAUCCUGGUGUCCACAGUGGUAGCCAUGUCAGCCGUGGCCCAGCUGUGGGAGGACGAAUGGGAGGUGCUGCUCAUCUCCCUGCAGGGCACAGCACCAUUCCUGCACGUCGGGGCCCUGGCCGCCAUCACUGCACUCUCCUGGAUCGUGGCAGGACAGUUCGCCCGGGCAGAACGGACCUCCUCCCAGAUGGCCAUUCUCUGUACCUUCUUCGCCAUUGUGUUUGCCUUGUACCUGGCACCUCUCACCAUCUCCUCUCCCUGCAUCAUGGAGAAAAAAGACCUGGGCCCCAAGCCUGCCCUCAUCGGCCACCGUGGCGCCCCCAUGCUGGCCCCAGAGCACACGCUGAUGUCCUUCCGGAAGGCCCUGGAGCAGAAGCUGUAUGGGUUACAGGCUGACGUCACCAUCAGCCUGGACGGCGUGCCCUUCCUCAUGCAUGACAACACCCUACGUCGAACCACCAACGUGGAGCAAGAGUUCCCAGAGCUCGCCCGCAGGCCCGCCUCCAUGCUCAACUGGACCAUCCUACAGAGGCUCAAUGCUGGCCAGUGGUUCCUGAAGACGGACCCCUUCUGGACGGCCAGCUCCCUCUCGCCCUCCGACCACAGGGAGGCACAGAACCAGUCUAUCUGCAGCUUGGCAGAGCUCCUGGAGCUGGCCAAGGGCAACGCCACCCUGCUGCUUAACCUGCGAGAACCACCUCGUGAACACCCCUACCGCAGCAGCUUCCUCAAUGCCACGCUGGAUGCCCUGCUGCACUCUGGCUUCCCCCAGCACCAGGUCAUGUGGCUGCCCAGUUGGCAGAGGCCCUUCGUGCGGAAGGUGGCUCCUGGUUUCCAGCAGACUUCAGGCUCCAAGGAGGCAGCCGCCAGCCUGCGGAGAGGCCACAUCCAGAGGCUGAACCUGCGCUACACUCAGGUGUCCCGCCAGGAGCUCAGGGACUAUGCGUCCUGGAACCUGAGUGUGAACCUCUACACGGUCAACGCGCCCUGGCUCUUCUCGCUGCUGUGGUGCGCGGGGGUUCCCUCCGUCACGUCCGACAACUCCCACACCCUGUCCCAGGUGCCUUCCCCGCUCUGGAUCAUGCCCCCUGAUGAGUACUGUCUCAUGUGGGUGACCGCGGACCUGAUCUCCUUCACGCUCAUCAUCGGCAUCUUCGUGCUCCAGAACUAUCACUUGAUCAGGUGGCGCCUGGGCGGCAUACGGAGCUACAACCCUGAGCAGAUCAUGCUGAGUGCUGCAGUGCGUCGGACCAGCCGGGACGUCAGCAUCAUGAAGGAGAAGCUCAUCUUCUCAGAGAUCAGCGACGGCAUGGAGGUCUCCGAUGAGCUCUCUGGAUGCUCAGACCACAGUUACGACACGUACACCACCAGUGCUUCCACCCCUGCGGAUCACCGAAGGAGUGGCAGCCGCACCAAGACUCUCACGGACCGGGAUGGGCGUUAGCUGAAACCCUGUCUGUCUCAGCCUGAACCUAACGUGGAGAUCAGGGAACCCAUAAGAGCUGGCAGAAGCAUGUCUGCAUGGGGAGUGCACUGGGAGCUGGCUCCACUGCCUCCUCGUUGGCUCCAGCCCUCUGUCAGCCAUGGCCUCCCCUGGAGGGGGCUCUCCUCUCUCCUGAGGCCCGCUUGGGUCAGGACUCCAACCUUGCAGAUGCCCCUGCAGGCCUGGGGCUCCUUCUGGAAAGUUUGGGGCCUGGGGCCUGGCCCUCCCCUGGAGGCCUUCCCUUAUAUCCUGAUCUGGAAGGUUGCUGAGUCACUGGACUAUGCCCUGGCCCCUGUGGCAGCUGAGAAUGUGGAUGUCCACAUGUCUAUGCUCAGAGGCAACUGACUUCUGCAUGUCUCCUGCCUUGAGGGCCUGGGCUAGGCCUCUGCCCCCAGCAGCUCUGUUCUUCAUGUCGGUCUCAAAAGCACAAGGAUUUUCAGCCCAGGAGGAAAGCCUGCUGCAGUGGUGGAGACACUCCUCCCCAACCAGCCUCAUACCACGACUGGCCCUGCCCUGGGAGAAGGACCGAAGCCAAGUCCCCAGGAGCAGCUAGAAAUGGCCAGAAGCGUAGGCUUAAGGCUACUUUUACAAACCCUGACCUAAGUUUCCAGCAGGUCUCUAAGGCAGACAGGCACAGAGACCCAAGAGAUCCACAGACUGACACAACCUCAGGUUUCCGCAUCAGUGGCCACAGGGCAGUGGUCACUUGGGAAGAGCGUUCUAGGCAUGGCCAACGGUGGGCAUGUGCCCAAGGAGGUCUACAGCGGAGUGAGCCUGAGGGCCUCGGCCAAUAUGAUUAAAGCUGCCAUCUUGA